AUGGAUCUCGUCGACGACGCGAAGCCGACGAUUUCGACGUCGACGAACGAAAACGAAAAGAACGACGACCCGGACUCCACGCGAAACGCGGCCGCGGUCGCGGGCGUGCUCCCGCUCCUCGCAUUCGGCGGCCUCGUCGCCGCGGGCGCGCACUACAAAGACGAGAUAACGACGUUCCUGUACGCGUUCAGCGACGUCGUCGAGGGCUUCGGACCGGUGAAGGGGCCGAUGGCGUUCAUGGGCAUCUACGUCGCGCUCGAGAUCCUGGCGGUGCCGGCGAUCCCGUUGACGAUGUCCGCGGGGGCGAUAUUCGGCCCGGCGCAAGGCACCGCGAUGGUGUCCGUGUCCGCGACUGCCGCGGCGACGAUAUCGUUCCUCAUCGCGCGGUACGCGCUCCGCGAGAAGGUCACGGAGCUCGCGAGAAAGUACCCGAAGUUCGCCGCCGUCGACGACGCGAUCGGCGAGGACUCGUUCAAGGUCGUCGCGUUGCUUCGGCUGUCCCCGCUGCUGCCGUUCGCGUUGUCCAACUACCUGUACGGCCUCACGAGCGUGAAGACGAAGCCGUACGUCCUCGCGUCGUGGCUCGGGAUGCUCCCCGGGACGUUCGCGUACGUCAGCGCCGGCGCGGUGGGACGAACGCUCAUCGAGGCGGGGGAGAGCGCGGCGAGCGGCGGCGGCGCGGGGGGAGAAUGGACGCACGCCGCGCAGGUCCUGUGCGGGUUCGGGUUCGCGGUCCUGUCGGGGGGGUACGUCACGCGGUUAGCGACGGAGGCGUUGAAGGAGGUGGAGGACGAGAUGGAGCGCGUGGAGAGGGAAGCCGCCAAGGGCGAGUGA